CGGAAAGACAGUCCUGACUUGCCUUGCCUCAGAAGACUCGAGACUGUUAGCAGCAGGACCAGGGCCUCUGUCUCCUCUCUUCCAGAUGCCCAUGGGCCAAAUGGUACCCCCAAAGACCAUCCAGAAUGAAGACUUCUGGAAGAACCCCUGGGAUGUGGGGGGCCUGAUAGUGAUUGGCUUGUUCAUCUCCACACUCCUGUUCUUCAUCGUAUUUGCUUUUGUGUUUGGCUCUGUGCAAAAGGCUGCGUGGAGAAAGGAUGUGUGUGAAGAGGAAUGACCUAUCUCCUCGGGGGCCUAGAAGGCAGCAGGGAGAGACGGGCUGACCUGCUCACCCCCCUGCCAGCAGUGGGCUUCCAGUACCUCUGGCUCAAGAAAGAAUCUAUGGCAACCACUGGACCUUGCUAGGAAUUGGUCAGUUAGCCCGGUGGGAAGGCUGGUCUGUUCCCAUUUCUGGCUCCCUUGCCCUGCCACCAGCUGAACACUGUAAGCACAUGGAGAGGAGCUCUGCUGUACCUCAGAUGGGAGCAGCCAUGGCUAACAAGAUCCUCUGAUGUGGGUCCCUGUCCAAGUAGCUAUUUUCAAGUCCUUGACAGAGAAGGACACAAAAUGUCAAAUGAAGUAAAAAUUCCUUUUCAAAACAAGA